UUUAGUCCCCACUGGCGCGGCCCGCGCAAGCGCAUUGGGUCGCAGCGAGGCCCCGCCCCCUGGACCUGGGGUAACUGCGCGAGGGGCUUGAGUACCGCGGAAGGCAGGACGACGAACUAGUUGGGAUGGCCACCGGCUGGGGGAGCAUCUUGCGGGAUGAGCAGCUGGAGGAGAUGGCCCGGCAGGCUGUGGACCGCGCCCUGGCCGAGGGAGUGUUACUGAGGACCUCACAGGAGCCCAGCUCCUCUGAUGUGGUAAGCUAUGCCCCAUUCACGCUCUUCCCCUCACUGGUCCCCAGUGCCCUGCUGGAGCAGGCCUAUGCCGUGCAGAUGGACUUCAACAUGCUGGUGGAUGCUGUCAGCCAGAAUGCUGCCUUUCUGGAGCAGACGCUCUCCAGCACCAUCAAGAGGGACAACUUCACCGCUUGUCUCUUUGACAUCCACAAGCAAGUCCUGAAAGAAGGCAUUGCCCAGACUGUGUUCCUGGGCCUGAAUCGCUCAGACUACAUGUUCCAGCGCAAUGCAGAUGGCUCCGCAGCCCUGAAACAGAUUGAAAUCAACACCAUCUCUGCCAGCUUUGGGGGCCUGGCCUCCCGCACCCCAGCUGUGCACCGACAUGUUCUCAAUGUCCUGAGUAAGACCAAAGAAGCUGCCAAGAUCCUCUCCAAUAAUCCCAGCAAGGGACUGGCCCUGGGGAUCGCCAAAGCCUGGGAGCUCUAUGGCUCAGCCAAUGCUCUGGUGCUACUGAUUGCUCAAGAGAAGGAAAGGAACAUAUUUGACCAGCGUGCUAUAGAGAAUGAGCUACUAGCCAGGAAUAUCCAUGUAAUCCGUCGAAGGUUUGAAGAUGUCUCUGAAAAGGGGUCUCUGGACCAAGACCGAAGGCUGUUUAUGGACGGCCAGGAAGUUGCUGUGGUUUACUUCCGGGACGGCUACAUGCCGAGUCAGUACAGUCCACAGAACUGGGAAGCACGCCUGCUGCUAGAGAGGUCAUGCGCUGUCAAGUGCCCAGAUAUUGCCACCCAGCUGGCUGGGACUAAGAAGGUGCAGCAGGAGCUGAGCAGAAUGGGCAUACUGGAGAUGUUGCUCCCUGGCCAGCCUGAGAGUGUGGCCCGCCUCCGGGCCACCUUUGCUGGCCUCUACUCACUGGACAUGGGGGAAGAAGGGGACCUGGCCAUUGCUGAGGCCCUUGCUGCCCCUAGCCAGUUUGUGCUGAAGCCCCAGAGAGAGGGUGGAGGUAACAACCUAUACGGGGAGGAGAUGGUGCAGGCCCUGGAGCGGCUGAAAGAGAGCGAGGAGAGGGCCUCCUACAUCCUCAUGGAAAAGAUUGAAGCUGAGCCUUUUGGAAAUUGCCUGCUACGGCCUGGGAGCCCUGUCCAAGUGGUCCAGUGCAUCUCAGAGCUAGGCAUCUUUGGGGUCUAUGUCAGGCAGGGAAAGACACUUGUGAUGAACAAGCAUGUGGGACAUCUGCUUCGAACCAAAGCCAUGGAGCAUGCAGACGGUGGUGUAGCAGCAGGAGUCGCAGUCCUGGACAACCCAUACCCUGUGUGAGGGCACAGCCGGGCCUGCCCAGACUUCGCUCAAGAGAUCUUCUAUCCCUCGUACUUGUCAUUCCUCUCCUAGCCCCUCUGAGGGGCUUCCCUCUGGGCACCUUGGGAGGGCUGGUCUCUUCAGUUCACAGAAGGGUGAAUGCUGAGUACCUUCCCCCAGCUCUUCCAUCUGAGGACCAGAAAAGCUGUGUUUCCCUUAGGUGAGAUCUAGAGGCCCCUAAAUCCUGGGAGUGUGGGUAUAGCUGAAAGGAAGCUGAUUUGAGGUAAGGGUCCAUGACUCUGCCACCCUCCUCUCAGCCCGUCAGCCUUUCCAGCAGGUUCCAGUGUUUGACCUAGGAUAGGACUGAGAGGUAGGAGGAAGGCAGUGAAGGGGCAUAGCCUUCCCCCCCCCCGCUGCCUUAAAUAAAACUACUGAUUGCUGAUUCUGUGAUUCCUUGGUUUAUACAUUUGGUGGGGGAGGAGCUAUAAUCUGGGUCAGCACACUUAGAGUGGAUUAGAGUAGGGGAAGUGACUUGGCUAUAAUCAGAGUCUCCCUAGCCUCAGACCCUAGGAUAGAACCCUAAAGUUCCAGUCCUUAGUCACUCACUAAUGCUCCCACAGGAUCACAGGAAAUACUGCAAGUGUGAUGGGACAUCACAGGCGGGAACUGGCUUCAGGUGCUUUCCUGCUUAGUUCAGGAGCUUGCCAAAGGGCCUUUGAGUGAAGCCCUGCCUAGAUCUGCCCAAACCAAAAGUUCUGGAAGGAGGAUAUUGGGGUAUUCCUGAGGAAAACCACUUCCCUUCCCAUCCCCCACACAAAUCAGAGCAGCUAGUUAAGUAUACAGUCUAUAAGAUACCUAAGAAAACAAGUUACCACCUUUUUAAGGUCAUGACUUUAUUCCUACAUCCAGAGCCUGAGCAUGACUGGGGCAAGAAUAGAAGAGUUUCAUCUGAGAGUGUCUCUUAUGGGCAGGACUGUUCAUGGAAGGGUGGGAACAGAGGACAAGGAAGACAAACUCUUCUGGCCCUAGGAACAAAACAUAUUUAUUCCAGCAAAGAAGCAGGUAAUCUGAAAACCCUCUGGAACCAGCCUGUCUGCACAUCCCCUGAAGCAAAUGGGCAGACAAGCACUGCCAUCUGGCACAAAAGAGAAUUCAGAUAUAGAACAGAAGCAGCAAAGUAUUUAAAAAAAA